UUAUUAUAUAAUAUAACGCCAAACCAAGACAAACGUGUCGGUCAAUAAUUUUGUGCAACCUGCAUUUGUUUUUGCUUCCGCUAGCAGCAAGUUCUGAAACUUUCGAGGAAAGGAAAUGUCACCUGAAAAUGGGAAAAUUUUGCCGGAAAAUGAUGCCGCCGACUUGAAUUUUGAGGCUACCGAGUUGACUUUAGGGUUGCCAGGGAAGUCUAGGGUAACAUCUGAUGGUGGAGCUAAGUUGGGCAAUAAACGUGGAUUUUUUGAAACCGUUGAUCUUAACUUUGGUGACAAGGAUUGUGGUCAGUCCCAGAUUGAUGUCCAGGAAGCAGCUAACUCUCCCGUUUCAAAUGAUGAGCAUAGGGUGCAAGUGGAGGGUUGGCCACCGGUGAGAGGCUUUAGAAAGAACGCAAUGACGAGUUGCAAAUAUGUAAAGGUGGCAGUGGAUGGAGCUCCAUAUUUAAGGAAAGUUGAUCUUGAGAUGUACGAUAGUUAUCAGCAGCUGUUAAGUUCCCUUGAACAAAUGUUCUCGUGUUUCACCAUAAGGAAUUAUUUGAAUGAGAAGAAAAUAAUAGACCAUAUGAAUGGAAUUGAGUAUGUGCCCACUUAUGAGGACAAGGAUGGAGAUUGGAUGUUGGUUGGAGAUGUACCAUGGCAAAUGUUUGUUGAAUCAUGCAAACGUCUUAGGUUAAAGAAAAGCUCAGAGGCAAUCGGAUUAGCUCCAAGGACACCUCCAAAAUGCGCAAGCACAACUGAAAGAAGCCUUAAUUAAGCAUCCAAAAUAGGAAUGAUUGCAGAGGCUCUUGUUUUCUUCCACCAUUGAUGAUCAUGGUGGGCAGAGUUUUUGAUUAUGUAGGGAGUCAAAUGAAAGAAAAAAUAAAUAAGAGAUACGUGCCUGUAAUUUUCUUUAAGUUGCACCAUUAAGUCCUGGUGCAAUUGAUGUUGUCGGCUUUUUCCUCCACAUCUAUAUUCAGGUUUAUCAUUUUUUUUUUUUUCUCUUCUCUUUGAGAUACAGCACAUGAAUUGUAAUACUUUCAACACAUCCUAAUUGAUUUUUUUUAGCAUUAUAACUUGGAGAAGAAAAUUUUGUACCCAACUUUUUUAUUUGGAUACAUAUAAAAUGUUUGGAUGAUUUGAUGUUAUAUUGAAUUAUAUGAGUCGUUUAAUUUACUUCU